UGGAACGAGCUGGCCCUGGACGUGGGCUCGCCGCCGCCGGAGCUGUCCGCGCUGUCGCGGUGGCAGGCGGACGUGCAGGGGGCUCUGCAGCCGGGCCGCUGGCUGCCGGGCCUGCGCACGCCGCACAUGUACGAGGAGAGCUGGCGAGUGGCCUCAUCGCCCAGCGUGUGCCUGCUCGCCGCCGUGCGCGCCGCCAAGCAGCUGCGACGCUCCAUGAAGUGCCAGGUCAAAACCAUGUCAGAGUGGUCGGACCAGGCCAGAGCGACGCUCUACUUCUUUACGGACUCCAUGGGCUGGCUGGACGUGGUGGACAUCAGCCUUACGCCAAUGGACGGAUCCACGCUCAUCACGCUGCGCUCCUGCUCCAGCGGCCUCUUCCCAGUCAGCUUCCCUCUGGCGCCGCUGCUGAACGUGUGCUUGUUCUUCUUCCCGUUCUACGACAUUGGCCAGAACCAGUGCUGGAUCAGCGCCCUGAAGCAGAGGUUCGACCUGGAGAUCACGCUGAUGCGUCAGUAUCGUCCAUGCUAGUCUGACUGCCCGGACUUUCAUACUAUAUCGACAGCUAUCGCUUGUGUCAUCGUCUUGAUCUUGAAAGUUAGCCAAUGCCGGCAGUGAACAAUACGCGAUCGUUAUUCCGUACUCCUAUGCGUUACGGCAAAUAUCACAUUUAUUCACACAGCUGCCAAAGCACUGUUAAGUAGGAUUUCGUGGUGACUGUCAAGCGGCUUGGUGGUGACUGCGAUGUGUCGGAGCGGAGAAGCUGCUUCUCAUAGACGUUCGACGCAAGAGUGUCUGCUGACCGGCCGGCUCAUCCUCGUUGCCACGCGUCGUUUGCAUACCGUUUCGCCCCUUGCGCUCGCUGACGGCGUAGCUGGCUGUCCACGGAUCCGUGAAGAUCCGAUUGGUGCAUGCCGAUAGCAUGGGCUCAGGAAAGGAUAGGCCUCUCGUGGCCUUUUUAGACCGAGCCAACAUUCCCCGGGGCCAGACGUCCGCUGAAGUGUUGUGCUAAUGUUUGAGGAAUAUGACGAAAACAACAGCCUGAGCAAUCGGCUCAUUGGGAUGAUUGAUGUCUCGUCCUAAUAUUGUUGUUAGUCACAUGUCUUAGAACGUGCGUAUGUUAAAUCACAAUCAUUAACAAGGGAGACUGGAACCGGAGUGCAAUACAUGAUU